AACAAAUUGAGUGCCACCAUUAAUUUUUAUCCUUCUGGGGAAAACUUUUCGGGAAAACAAUUCUUCUUUUAUUUGCUUUUGUUCAGUUGAGGUUAUAGUUAUCAUGGAUUCCAUGAGGGGUCAAGGAGGCAUUCAGAUGUUGCUAACUGCAGAACAGGAGGCUCAACAGAUAGUUUCUGCUGCGAGAAACUUGAAGCUGACAAGAUUAAAGCAAGCUAAAGAUGAAGCUGAGAAAGAUGUUGCAGACUAUCGAUCCAAAUUAGAGUCCGAAUAUCAAAAGAAACUGUCUGAGACAAGUGGGAAUUCAGGGUCAACUGUGAAAAGGCUUGAAGAGGAAACUGAAAUAAAGAUUCAGAAACUGAAGGAAUCAGCCUCAAAGGUCCAGCCGGAUAUAGUUGGAAUGAUCAUGAAGUAUAUUACUACUGUUAAGAACUGAAGCAUCAAGAGCCCAUAUUAGAGAGACUGAACUGCAGACUGCAGAGAAGGUGGCCAUAGCAGGCCUAAUGAAUCUAAUAAAGUAUUUGCAUGUUCUCAUUCUCUCCAAAGCAAUUUUUUGACAGAGCUGUUAUUUAUGCUUUGGUUUAGAAUUUCUUUUCUCAAUAUUUUUAAGAAUUAUUUGUUUUGGGUUAUUAUUGCUGAAUAUUUCCAUCUUUGUUAGUAACUACAUUAUAGAUUUUUCUUGACCCAUCUACCAAUUUAAUUGGAUAUCCUAAAGCUAGAUUAAAUUCAGCAUAACAAAGAGUGUUGCAUCAACUUUUUAAA